UCAACGUUCGACACCGGUUGCGAUCGCGGAGCGCGUGAAAUUCUUUUUUUUUUUUCCGCCGCCCGACCCGAAUCGAUCAUCCUUCAUCAUCAUCAUCUUCGUCGUCGUCGUUCCUUUUGUUUUUCCUCCGCCCGACAAAAACAGUACUGCCAUUCGAUUCCACAUUUCGUCCCCGGACGCGGUAACAAUAACCGACGACUGCGUUACGACAACGAUUUACAUACGUUUUUCGUUUCGAUUUUUCCGAUUCGUGUGUGUACCUACGGCCUUGUGCGCGCGUGUUCUCGUCUUUCUCGGUCGACACCAGUACACCAGUUUUAUAAUAUUAAUAUCCGAUUGUUUUUAUGUUUACCGACGUUUCCGGUGCAUAACAUUGUAUCAACGCAAUAAGCAGUGUUUCCGCGCCACUAUGACGGUCACGUGCCAAGUCGCCUACUGUUAGGAUACCAGUGCACCCGAAAUUGUCGCAGCCGUGCGGUCUCUCAAAGCGGCAUGGAAAUGGCUGCCGGCAUGGAAGUGGUCGGCGGUGCCGGGGCUCAUCACCACCAUCACCAUCACGCGCCGCAUCACCGGUGGUACGACACGCCGGCCGGUUCGUCUACGUCGUGCAGGGACGAGCCGCUGAUGGCCGACAACAUGACCGACCACAUGAACUCGUUCUUCGCGCAUCACCACGCCGGCGCGCUGGACACCCACCCGGCGGCCAGGGACUACCAUCAUCACCGGGCCGCAGCCGCGGCCACGGCCGCGGCCGCUGUCCCGUACCACCGCGAUUCGCUCACCGUCACCGCCCGGUACUAUCAUCCGCAGAUCCACUCGCCGUUCGCACCACCGCCGUCAACCGCGUCGCACGGACCGACGAGAAACAUGUGCAGGCCGUCUCACUUUUCUCAUCCGGCGGCCGCAUGGCUCAACGGCGGCGGCAUGAACAACAACAACAACAAUAACAACAACAACAACAAUAACAACAAUGGCAACAACCAGUUGGACACCAAAAUGCAAUCGUCGUCCCCCGGCGGCGGCUGGUACUCAUCGUCCCCGACGGUGCAGGACGACUCGCCGUCGGCCGUGGCAUCCUCUUCGAAGGAUAUGCAGCACUCCGGAGGUGGCGGUGGCGGAGGAGGAGGAGGAGGAGGAGGUAACAACGGUGGCAACGGGCAUCCGAUGUUCACGUUCCCACCGACGCCGCCCAAGGACAGCACGCCCGACUCGAUGACCACCACCACGACGACGGCCACGAGUUCGUCGUCGUCGUCGUCAUCGAACAGCGCGGCUGCCGCGGCCGCCGCGGCCGCCGCUUACUCGAUAGCGUCCAUGGGCGUUUUUCUGCACCCGGACAACCAUCAGGGAUGCGGUGGUGGCGGUGGCGGCGGCGGUGGAGGAGGAGGCGGCGUCCAGGACGUGAAGCCGUCGAUGCUGGUGGCCGGGGGCUCGUCGUCCAAACAGCGCGAAGGUACCUCGUCGUCGAGCGGCGCCACGUCGCCCGGCAGCUCGACAUCCGCUUCGUCCUCGUUUAACGCGUACCACCUGAACCAUCACCACCAUCUCGGCGGUGGCGGUGGUGGUGGCGGUGGUGGCGGCGGCGGGGUCGGUCAACACGAACCGACCGCCGGCACCGCUGCUCCCUCGUCGUCGUCCUACACCCAUUACCCGUAUCACCACCACCAUCACCACCAUUCGGCAAUCGCGCCCGCCGUGUUCUCGCCCGCAAAACACCCCUCGUCCUCAUGCCAUUCGCCCGGCAACAACGCCAUGAAAAACUCUUCUUCCUCGUCGUCCAGAAAUAAGUCUAGAACAAGCGCCGAAGGACGAGAGUGCGUGAACUGCGGAGCCACGUCGACUCCGUUGUGGAGGAGAGACGGCACCGGACACUACCUGUGUAAUGCGUGUGGCCUCUACUAUAAAAUGAACGGGCAAAACCGGCCGCUGAUUAAGCCCAAGAGACGUCUGUCCUUGCAGUCGGCAGCCCGUAGAGCCGGGACGAGCUGUGCGAAUUGCAAAACGUCCACCACGACGCUGUGGAGGAGAAACCAAAACGGCGAACCCGUUUGCAACGCUUGCGGUCUCUACUACAAACUGCACAACGUGAACCGACCGUUGACGAUGAAAAAGGAAGGCAUCCAAACGCGGAACCGGAAGCUGUCGUCAAAGUCGAAAAAGAAGAAGGGCUCGAUGGUCGGCGGCAUCGGCGGUGUCGGCGGCGGCGGUCUGGGCGGCGGUGGCGGCGGCGGCGGCGGUGGCGCGUGCUUGUCGCUGUCCGGCAUGAUGCGAGGUGACGGCACCGGCGCCGGUUACCAUCAUCCGGCGUCCGCGGCCCUGCACCCGCACCCCGCGGCCAUGAGCCACUACCAUCACCACGCGGCCGCCGCGGCCGCGGCGAUGUACCACCACCACCACCAUCAGGCCACGCAGCCGGCCGCGCCGUCCGCACCCAUACACCCGCACCACCAUCACAUGGCGUCGCUCACCGGACUCGGGUUGCCCGCCUCGUCGAACAUGGCUAGUUGGAGAUCCGAGUACGCGUGAUUAUUGGAUUUGCCGUUCCCCGGGCACACCAAUCACAGCAGGGUCGGCGAAUGACAAACGCAUCAGUAUAACUAUAUUAUAAUGUUAUUAUAUUGUAUUACUAUCGGUAUUAUCAUUAUUAUUAAAAAUAUUAUUAUUAUGUA